AUGACUGUUGGGAAGCCUUUUUGCAGACGGACCUGCGUUUCUUAAGGGUUUCCGCUUUGCGUCCUCCACUAACAUCCUUGGCUUUUUUCCUACUAGAAGAGACGCCGGGGAUGCUCUGAGGAAGGUAAUAAAUUCCGUAUAGCCUCGACGUCUAAGUUUCGCUAGCAGAGGAGGAAUUUGGAGUGACAAGCAGUGACAGUAAUUAUUACUCGGCUCUAGUUAUGAAAAGAAAAAGUACACUCACACUCACGAAAAUAGCUACUUUCCUACUUGAAUCCUAGCCAAUUUUUCGAGUUGGAGCCCACUUUUUCCAUUCAUUCUAGAAGUAUCCGCUUCUCACCAGGAGCAAGAAAAGCGAGCUUCAGUUCGGCGCGAAGGAAGUGGAAGAAGACAGAGCUCUUCCAAUGGGCAAAAAAAUGCGAAAAAAACUCACAAACUGCGCAGUGAGCAAACACUCAUUGCAGUGGAUUAUGUUGGCAAUAUUGGAAGUGCUGGCUCGCCUCCAACAGCAGGACAGCAAUCCUUCGUAGAAAGCGAAAGCAGUAGUGACGAUGACGAGGAGGAGGACGUGGAGGCACCAGUAGACAGUAAUAGUUUAUGGUCGUAGUGGUCUUUUAUACCCCUGAAGUGGCUAUAUUGAUGAAUGAAUUAUGGGUCAACAACAUCGUGAUCAUAUCCAUCUUACUUUCCCAUUACAAGAAGCAGUUGAUGUGUAGUUCUAUAAUUGCCGAGCAGUACUCCGAUGAAUAAUUUUUUAUGUUUUCGUAAACAACAUUCAACAUGAAUCCAUUCUCAACUUCUACAACUCACUGACUCGAAGAACACCAUCAGAUACAAAUGCCACCAUCUUCGUCGAGACGGGUAGCAAAAUGUGUCUUCAGAGCAACCACGAGCUGUUGACGAAGAACAAAAAUGCCCUGUGCAAAACGCAUGAAUGCAAAACCAGCGACCACGAAACUUGUUGCGCAUUGUGGUGUGGGGCAGAAGUUAAGUAGAACAUGUUGUUGAGAACGAGAAGGUCUAUAAGGUCUACGAUGGUUGUGAGAACACUAAGGUCUAGUUUGAUAAUUCCAGUAGAAUGGGUGCUAACAGUAAGAUGAACACACUAGACUAUUGUAUCUACUUCACUGAGGCAUUCAAAUUGUAUCUACUUCACUCUUGGCUCUUGAUAUCUUCACUCUUACAUUCUUGAGAUGUUGACUGUUGUGCCAUGAACUUCAAUAGUUUGUUAUUUCUUCUCUCCUCGAGGGACUUGCUUCUAAAAAGACCGAGGCCCUAGAAGUCGCUUGCCAAAAUGCAGAGCUAGUUUUGGAUCCCAAGGCGAAGUGCGAUGAACGUGAUUGCGCCAUAGAUCUCUGCUGCACGAAUCCUGGGUUCCUUUAUGAACUUCAGCUAUAAGAAAGUCUUUCUUGAUGACAAAUACUUCUGAGAGGUCCUCUAUGAGAAACCUCUAAAUCCUGGAGAUCCACGGUGCGAAGAUCGCUGUGGGAGCUGCGGCUAUUUGCGUCGCCCUCUAUAUUUUGGUCUUUUUUUCUAGUGAAGGCUCCCCCGUAGCAGAAGCCGCGGAGGAUGAUGCCAUGACUUACAGGGGGGGUCCUGGCUCCGUAGCAGAAGCGGAGGAUGAUGCCAUGACUUACAGGUGGGGUGGUGCUAACUACUAA